AUGUCCGACGUACCACCAACCGAGCCCAUUCCCAAACCAGAAGAACCGAAAGCACCAGCCCCUGCACCUCAGCAACCUCAGUUCCAACAAGUACCUCAGUUCCAACAAGUACCUCCGAAUUACUACCAAUUUCCAAAUUACUACCAAUUUCCACUACAAGGUUACUACCAAUUUCAAUCUCAAUCCAAAUCGAAGAGAGACCAAGAGUUCGAAGAAGGUCUGAACCGCUUACGCAAAGAGUAUGCCACAGCUCCAAUUGAGAGAAAGUUGUUGCUAAAUUCAGUAAAAAUAAUGUUUAGGUGA